CGUUAUAAUCGCAAUUGUGUGUAAAAUAUUCAAAUCCGUCGCUUGUGGGGAAAUAAAAUAAAAUAAAAUCAGCGUCUUGUGGCAUAAUCGUAGACUUCAGCUUCGUCUUCGAUGCCCCGCCCCAGCCCGCACAACAACUUCAUUUCCCAAAAGGCAUUUCGGCGUUUCGGUCCACAUGCGGUUCCUUCCAUCGUCGUCAGCAUCAUGUCAGUUUUUAUGGAUUUAAACUUGACUUUCUCGGCAGAGAAAGGCAUCAUGCAGCAACUCAUCGACACGGCAGCUCACCUUGGAUUCUCCACAGUGGCCGUCAACUACACGUUUGAGCCUACUGGCAAAAAGAAAGAGGCGAUUCCGUCACCCAAGCCGAUUGAGGAACUCAUUGAUCAGCUGCCCAUCGUCCAGGGUCGCUCUCGACCAAUCCGAGUGCUCAACAGACUGACGCUGGUGAUGUCAGAACUGAGUCACUGGAGGCCAAACCCGACCGAAUACGCCGACUUUGACCUGUUGGCGGUUCAACCGACAACGGAAAAACUUUUUCACGCGGCGUGCACGCAGUUAGAGGUCGACGUGAUCAGCGUGGUGGUGACGGAGAAACUCCCCUUCUUCUUCAAGAGAGCUCCAGUCAACGUGGCUGUCGAGAGGGGCGUGGCGUUCGAAGUGUCAUACGCGGCCGCCAUCAGAGACGCCACCAUGAGGCGUUACACCAUCGCAAACGCUGUUAACCUGGCGCAGGCCUGCAGAGGGAAGAACGUGCUGGUGACGAGUGCAGCGACAAAGCUUCUGGAGCUGCGGGGACCUUAUGACAUCAUCAACCUGUGCUCAUUGCUGGGUCUGUCUGACGAUGAUGCUAAGCGCUCGGUUUCCUGCAUUUGUCGCUCGCUUUUGUUGCACGCGGAAACCAGAAAGACAGCGAGUGGCGUCGUUUCUACCAAAAAGAGCUGUGGCGACUCUGCCGGGGACAGCGGCAAAGACGACGCGGACGAAGGGCGUGCUCCCGCCGCCAAGAGACUCAAAAGUCAGCUGACUGACUGAGCGAGGCGGCCCAAUGAUUUGCUCUGCCCUCUCCUGCUAUCAAGUCUAAGAAAGUGAAGCUAGUAGAAUGAUAGGUUAACAGAUGUUUUUUUUGUUUUUGUUUUAAUUUGCCCCUGAUUCAAAGUCAAAAUUUACGUCAGGAGGUUCGCUGAAUAAAAGUCCUACUUGA